AUGAUUGCUGGUACUGGAAUCCCACGCACGGGAAUUGACUACUUGGUGAAUGGUAGCGAGCUCUGUGACCGGAUAUUUACGUGUGGUGUAUGUGUACAAGUAUCAGAGACCGUAACGACGACGACGUGCUGUUCAUUUACGUUAUGUGAGGACUGUGUUGAACAACUUGUACGCAAUCAAUGCCCCAAUUGCCGGGCGCGCCGGGUUAAGUUGGCACCGAAUCCGAUUGCCAAGCACAUGCUACAGUUGUUUGAGUAUGCGUGCGAGGGGUGUGAUACAACCCUCAAUCCCGUCACCGGGAUAUCGCAUAGGUGCAGUACGCAGGCAGACCCAACCGGUUGUUUGCAAUUGGUUCACACACCUGAGCGUAAGCGUCCAGCUAUUUUGAAGAUUCAGUACUCGCCGGGUAGCGGUGAGUCGGUACAACCACCCACCAACCCCAUCGUUGCGCAGUAUGCUACAGUGGUUCCUAGAGACAGUGUAAACAAGGCACUAUAUAACGACGACAACGUUAAUUGCACCAUCUCGUAUACACCUGACGUGGCGACCCGAAUUGCGGUGUCGAGUAGCGAGACGACUACUGUUGCUGCCACCCGUUCCAACCAAGCCCCAUAUGUUAACGACCAAGUCCCAAGUACCCAACAGGUUCAUAUUAGUCGCCACGGUAGGAUUGCAGAUACAACCGGGGUUAACGUACACCGUGGUUACCAGAUAGCGGGUACAACUCGGACCAAGGUACACCUUAGAAACACGUGUAGUGUACUAACGAACAAAUCCGUGGAUAAGGUGCCCGUUUCGAGAACGACUGACUUGUGUCUACUAUGUAUUAGCCAAUAUAGGACUGCAUCCCAAACAUUGCUAGAUAGAAGUGGGGUCCGUAAUUGCAGACCCAGGGCCGAUGUUAGUCACCACCACACGGCGCCGGCUGUGCAAAAUCAGGUUGGAGUGGGCUAUCAGAUUGCUAACAUAGGUAAUCGUAGAACAAAGGUGCACACGAAAUCUUCGUGUCGAUAUCUUACGAACAAGUCCAUAGUUCAAGUUUCCGUUGAUCCGGAAACUGACCUGUGUCGGUUUUGUCGUUGA